AUGAUGGGAGCUGUAGUCCCGGAAGUGGCUCGGAAGACCUUGGCCGGAUGGAGGAGGAGGCUGUGAGGAAGAGGAAGAUGCCCCGGGACACCCAGGCAGACAAGGAGCUGAGGAUGGAAAUCAGGGAGGACAAAUCCCCACGGCAGAACCUCAUGGAAGAGGCCAUUUUUAGGGGCUCCACAGUGCAGGAAUUCAACAGAAAGGAAAAUCCUCAGAGAUCCUGCAGGAGGAGAGUCUCCAAACCCAGCCCAGGGUGCUCUGAGGAAGAAAGACCCAAACUGUGCCGGGAAGGCGGCCAGAGAUCCAGCCAGGGCUCUGAGCUGGUGGUCCAUGAGCAACUUCAGGAUAGGGAGAAGCCCUACAAGUGCUUUGAGUGUGGGAAGAGCUUCAGCCAGAGCAACCGUCUGAUCCGCCACCAGAUGAUCCACACUGGGGAAUGGGCCUGUGAGUGUGGGAAAUGUGGGAAGGGCUUCAGCUCCAACUCCGACCUUGUUACCCACCAGCGCAUCCACACCGGGGAGAGGCCCUAUGAGUGUCUCCAGUGUGGGAAUAGGUUUCAGACCAGCUCCAGUCUCCUCAUUCACCAGAGGAGUCACACAGAGGAGAGGCCCUUCCGCUGCCCUGACUGCAGGAAGGGCUUCAAGCACAACUCCAACCUCAUCACCCACCGGCGUAUCCACACUGGGGAGAGGCCCUACAAGUGUGGGGAAUGUGGGAUGACCUUCAGCCGGAGGUCCCAACUGAUCAUCCACCAGAUGAUCCACACUGGGGAGAGACCCUACGAGUGUCCCGAGUGUGGGAAGAGAUUUCGGGUCAGCUCUGAUCUCCUCGUGCACCAGCGGAUUCACACAGAGGAGAGGCCCUUCCGCUGCCCCGACUGUGGGAAGGGCUUCAAGCGAAACUCCCACCUCAUCAGGCACCAGCGCAUCCACACCGGGGAGAGGCCCUACAAGUGUCCCGAAUGUGGGAAGAGGUUUCAGACCAGCUCCCAUCUCCUCGUGCACCAGCGGAUUCACACAGAGGAGAGGCCGUUCUGCUGCCCCGAGUGCAGGAAGUGCUUCAAGCGAAACUCCAGCCUUGUCAGGCACCGGCGCAUCCACACUGGGGAGAGGCCCUAUGAGUGUCCCCAGUGUGGGAAGAGCUUCUCUGUGAGCUCUCACUUGAUCAAACACCAACGGAGGCACCAGUAAGGGAAGCUCUUCGAGUGCCCAAGUGCCGGAAUAGCUUUGUGCUGUGACGAGUUCCAGGCCCAAAAGCAUAAACAAGUGUGGCCUGAAGAGAGAAAACAAGAGAGAUGGGACUUAAUCAUCUGAAGCUGUAACUGGACCAUGAACCCCAAUAUGCAGAUGGACCUAAACUUCUAAAAAUGUGAGACCUCGUGAUCAGUUGUCCAUUUUUGUGACCAUUUUCAGUCCACCUUGGGUGUAGCCCUGGCCAGGCUCUUGUACUGCCCCAGGUGUAUCCUUUAAGGCCUUGUAAUAAAUGUUAUUCUUAACUCUGUCCAGCCUCUGUUCUAGGUCAGCCUUCCCAAGGCAUCAGGUGGAAUGGGGUUGGAAAGGGACUGGGUGAAGUGGGAUGCAAAUCAGGAGAGGUGAGAUGGGCAUUGGGUGAGGCAGGAUGGGUGGGAUGGGGAUUGGGAAGUGUGAAAUGGGGGAAAUAGGGCUUGG